UGUAACACAUUUUUCUUUGCAUUCAUGAAUUGCAGUUGCACAGUGCAUUGUUGGGGGUUGGAUGCUGGAAUUAUUUUGUAAGUGGACGAAUGUGCGCGGGUAGUCUACAGGUGAGUGUUUAACAGUCAGAUAUUAAACCAGGUGUUGUCCUGAGGAUUGGAAACGUUCCAGAACACUGCUUUGAAAAGCUGAGGCUGGUGAUGAGUCAGCACUCUGAUUAAAGGCUUUUUGAGGAAGGAGAAGGGAAACUGAUUACGCAUAAACACACUUGAACCUUAAUCUAUAUCCAUCAGUAGGAUGUCAGCAGCUUUCCAUUCCACCAAGGGGGAAUGGGAAAUACCUAUGGAUCUUCAAAUGAAACCUGCUCUCUGUCACAUUUUGGGUGCCAGUAACUCUAGUUUCACUCAGUCAGCUCAGUUUCAGUGACCUGCGUGUCAAUUUAAUGCAGAGGCUCUUUCAAUUUCUGUUCCUAUAAUAACCUCUAUCAUGUAGUGACCAUGUGUGUCCCAGAAGGGCUGUAUAUUUCCCAGAAGACACUAUGGUCAGCACGGGGAAGUUCAGUUGCAUCUCAAGGAAACAGAAGGGGAGGAGAGGUGUCAGAUGAAAGUGUCACCCUCUAAGUUUCUACUCACUGGGUAUAAAAGACCUUGGAAGCUAGGUUGAUAGAAGACCGCUCUCCAUCGAUUACACAGGUGCCUCAACAGACAGUGAACAGAAGAAUAGGGCUCUCUGUAGAGAAUUGAACUGAACUGAGUUGGGCAGGAGUGGACUGAGCUAAACCACAUUGGACGACAGUCAGUGACUAGUUUCGGCUGAUAGAUACACAGGCUUUUCUCUAUAACACAAACAGUCCAGCGCUCAGCAGGAGGAUGCCUGUCUCGUGUAGGGAGGCUCUGCUCAUGCUUCUAGCCAGUCUUGGAGGUCAGGUCUGGGGGGAGGUGGGUGACUUCACCCCUUGCCUCCGUUUCUUCUACAUGGAGACUCCCCCAAAAGGCAUGGGGGGAGAGGGGUACCAGCCCAUCUGCCAGCGCUACAGGAACCAGUACCACUUUGCCAGCCUGUACCAGCGCCAGCGCCGUGCCACCCUCUACUCUGCCUACAUACUUACCCCUGGAGGAGGCAAACGGCCCAGGAACAAGUGGAUGUAUGAACCACAGUUGGCGUUCUCCGGUGCCAGUCCAGAGAUGCAUAGUUUCCCGCGGCGUGGGCCCGUGGACCAGAAUGUGGUGGAGAGCCAGGCGGUACUCCAGGACUACAUCAACUCUUCCUACACCAAGGGUCACCUCAACCCCAGCCUGCACCACCAGAACCCAGAGGACCGCCGGGCCACUUUCACCCUCACCAACGUGGUCCCUCAGCGGGCAGCCUCAAACUCUGGCCCCUGGGCUCAGCUGGAGGCUGAGGUGAGGGCCCGGAUGGGUAACUACUGCAUUGGGCCGGCGUAUGUGGUAACAGGGGCAUUGUCAUACCUCUCUGAGCGCUGGAUGGCCAACCGGGUAGCAGUGCCAGAGUACAUGUGGUCUGCCUACUGCUGUCCCUCCUACAACUCUAGUCUCCCCGCCUCACAGAGACCCUACUUCCCAUCAUAUGCUGCUGUGGGCCGGAACGACCCCCUUAGUGGUGGAGAGAUUGUGCCGGUGGACCCCCAGGCGAAGGCCUCGGUUCGGGGGUACGAUGUGAGGCGGAUGCCCCUGGACACCGUGGAGACUAUUCUACAGCAGAGACUGGGCGUCCACAUCAGCCUGUUUCACAAUCAAUGUCUGUGGGCUGGUGUGGUAGUUAGGUAAUGGGCUGUCGUAUGGGCUGUCCCUGUUCACUGAAAAAUAAAAUCUACAGUGGAACAUAAUAUAUUUGGUGAUUUAAGAUCUUUGAACUAGUUUGCAGACCAGUCAUGACAGACACACAAACGCACACGUACACGCACAGACACACACUGACACACACAAACACGCACGCAUGCACGCACGCACGCACAC